AUGGAGCCCUAUUUACAAAGCGGGAGCUCUAGUGUGAACACAAGUUUGCACCGAGCCAAACCUUUGGCCCGGAUCAUCAAGUCGCAACGUUCUCCAAACUGGCCUACUCAACCAACACGAGACCUUCCUCCAAAGCAGGUUUGCGAUGAACUCUUCGCUAUCUAUCUUCGAACCACAGAGACUAUCUACCGCGUGCUGCAUGUUCCGAGCUUCCAACGCGUCUACAACGACAUCUGGACAGCCAAUUCAGAACCCAACAUGGCUUUCAUCAUGAUGUUGAAACUGGUCUUGGCCAUUGGGGCCAUGUUGUACGAUGACAAAGUGUCUAUGCGAGCCGACGCAGUGAGAUGGGUGUUCGAAGCCCAGACCUGGCUGUCAUCGCCCGUUUUCAAAUCAAAACUCGGUAUUCAAUACCUACAGAUCAGCAUCCUUCUCCUACUUGCAAGAGAGCUCGUCGACGUGGGCUCUGAGCUUGUCUGGAUUUCAGCAGGUACAGUGUACCGAACAGCGGUAUACAUCGGGUUGCACAAGGAUCCAUCGCAGCUGCCGGGUAUGACGACACUAGAGACUGAGAUGCGCCGCCGGAUAUGGAAUACCAUUCUGGAGUUGUCGCUUCAAACGAGCAUGGAAUCAGGUGGCCCGCCAUUCAUUUCAUUGGAUGACUUCAACACUGUCCCACCAAGCAACUUGGAUGAUGAGCAACUUCUGGAUGCGGACCCCAUCGCAAGCGCAGACCACGCGUAUACGCAUACAUCUAUUGCCAUAGCUCUGCGCAAAGUUCUUCCGGCUCGGCUUGCUGUUCUCAUGUUUCUGAACAAUGUCAAUUCGAACGGGACAUAUGAAGAGACGCUUCGUAUCGACUCGGACCUGCGAGCUUCACACAAGCUUUUGCGUCGCACCCUACAAGCAUACACAUCACGUACCGACUCGUGCCCGUCGCAGUUUACUCUUCAAGCUGUAGAGUUCAUCAUGCAGCGCUACAUUACCUGUUUACAUCUACCGUUCUUUGCUUCCGCACUCAAGAAUCCGGUCUACGCCUUUUCGAGGAAAGCUGUUGUAGACUCCUCGCUCAAGAUCUGGAGUAUGGCUUGUCCGAACUCAGGCGGUAAUUCAUGUCCUUCGAGUGAGGUCGACCUUGCUCGCAUGUGUAGGUGCACAGCAGGCUUCUUCCGAAUGUAUACCUUCCACGGAGCGACAUUUCUGGCUGCUGAAUUGCGCAUGCGAAUACAGGAAGACGAAGAUGAUCUAGACGCGAUGCCGUUAUCACUGCACAACAUCGUCGAUGAGGCUGCCGAUUGGUAUCUCCGAUGCAUACAAGCCGGCGAAACAGGAAUCAAGGGCUACCUUCUUUUACGGCUCAUCGGCGCUUGUAUGGACGCGGAACGAAACCAUGUAGAGCGAUCGGAAUUCCCUGCACUGUUGGUGGAAGCUUUGGAAAACGCUGCUCAGGUUUGCAUACCGGUUCUGGAAGCUCUGGCAGGGUGUGAGGAACCGUCUCUUGGUGCUACGGGUAUGGAGGGCAACGGUAUGGAAGGGUUUGAUUUCCAGUUCUCACCAGAGUUCACGGAGGAUUGGGACAUGCUUAUGUCAAGGGAAUUCAGUGUGGACACCACGGGGGUCUUCGACGCGUUUGUGUCGUGA